UGAUAACUGUAGACGCCCAGUCUCGGAUGAUAGCACCGGGAAAUUUUGUUAGCCUGAAUAAUAAAUAAUCCUUGUGUAUUUGGCUGCAAACAAAUGCAAGGCUUAAGAAAUCUUCCAAACUCCACCUUCGCCCGCUUAUACUCCAAUGUGCCCCAUGACCUUUCAAACCGACAAAGACGGUAUACUUUCUCCCCAGUUUUUCCUGUAUCUUUAAAUCCGCGUAUGUCUCCACAAUCGCGCUUAUCUAAUCGGCACGUGAUGCCACCGGAGAACGAUUUGAUGUUGUAUGCAAAUCGCUGAGAAAUUUACACAAAGCACCAACGCCAUCGUGUUUCUAGUUUCACUUACACCAAUUUUAUAUAACCAACCGGGCCCGCAACUCCCGAA